AUGGCGAUCUUCAACAUGCUUUCAAGCUAUUCAUGGGGUGCAAAAGUGGUGCUAACAUUAGCGGCUUUUGCAGUGAAUUUCGGGGAGUUUUGGCUGAUCGCUCAGCUUUGCACUUCCAACUCAUUGGCAAAAUCAGUGGCUCUCCUCAAGCAACCCGAUAUUUUAGAGCACUCCCAAACACUGAAAUCCCACUUUGAUGCACUCAGCAAGCUCAUCAAUGCAAUGGUCGAUGUAACCGAGUGCAUUGUUGAGCUUACUGAGCUACCUUCUAAGUAUAUUUCCAUCGAUGAGCCACCAUUGUCAACUGCCAUGGCUCAUAUCCACACUGCUACCUACUGGAUCAUUUCGAGUGUCGUCGCUUGUGCUAGGAAAAUUACAGGCCUUGUAGGGAUGAGACAUGAGUUCACUACAUCGACUUCGGACGCAUGGGAGCUAUCAAGCUUGGCACAUAAAGUUAGCAGCAUACAUGAACACCUUCAAAGUCGAUUACGUCUUUGUUACGAGCGUAUUCAUGAGAAGAAGCUAAUGGAAGCUUUUGAACACUUCAAGCGUACCAUUGAAACACCUCAAGUGGACAACUUGAAGAUUCUCCAAAACAUCUUCGGCAAGGAAGAGAAUGUCUUGAAUCCAGACAAGGCCGAGGUUUACAUCAAUGUCUUCAGAAGAAAGCAUGUUUUAUUGCUCAUUUCAGAUCUUGAUAUCUCCCAAGAGGAGAUUCGGGUUCUUGAAGUUGUUUACAGAGAAAGGGUAUCAUGUGGGCUUAACUAUGAGAUUAUAUGGCUCCCAAUUGUGGACAGAACAACUUGGAAUGAUGGUUAUCAGGAAAAGUUUUCGACCCUGCAAUCAAUUAUGUCGUGGUAUACUGUGAGCAACCCUGUUGCCAUUGAACCAGCAGUGAUUAAAUACAUAAGGGAAGAAUGGGGUUUUGCUCAGAAACCAAUUGUGGUGACAUUGAAUCCACAAGGAAAGGUUUUAUGCCCAAAUGCACUCAACAUGAUGUGGAUGUGGGGAAAUUCAGCUUUCCCGUUUAGCAGUGAAAAAGAAGAAAGUUUUUGGAAAGCUAAACCUUGGACACUUGACCUUCUCGUUGCUCGCCUUGAACCAAACUUACCUACUUGGGUGAGCCAACAGAAAGUGGUUUGUUUCUAUGGUGGUGUGGAAAUGGAAUGGAUCGAAUGUUUCACUACCGCAACAAAAGGGGUUGCAAAGGCUCUCGAUAUUGGCAUAGAAAUGGUUUAUGUUGGAAAGAAAAAUGCAAGGGAACGAGUGAAAAAGAUUACUGGUUUAAUCAAAGAGAAGCAACUUAGCCAUGCUUGGGAAGAUGACAAUGUGUGGUUCUUUUGGAACCUAUUAGAGAGCAUGUUGUACUCGAAAACCCAACAUGGGAAGACCAUUGAAAACGAUUUUAUAAAGCAAGAAGUGAUGACGAUGCUUGGAUAUGACAGUAGUAAAAAUGGAUGGGCUGUGUUCUACACUGGAUUGGGUGAAAUGGUGAAAGCCAAUGGAGAGAAAGUGCUUAGCACAAUGGAGAGCUUUGAUGAAUGGGAAAAACUUGCCAAGCAAAUGGGUUUUAUCCCAGCACUUCGUAAGAAGUUGGAAGGGGUUAUCAAGCACCAUCAUUGCACUCGCCUUAUCCUUCCGGGUAACGGUGGUAGAAUUCCGGAGAGGGUGCAAUGUGCUGAGUGUGGUCAUCCGAUGGAGUUGAAUUUCUUGUAUCGUUGCUGUGCAGAGUGA